AUGGCCCCUCCAUCUUUAUCUCAGCACCCCUCAACAUCAUCGACCUCUUCGGAUGAACCCAUCUACAUUCCACCUCCCUCCUCCAAAGCUGUACCUGGUCCAUCGACUCAUCUGAGCCUUCCAAAGCGAUCGAAAGCUGAACCUAAAUCUCUGGUUACUCUAGAUGACGACGAUGAAGAGGAUGAAGAUGAACCGGUAUUUGUAGGAACGAAAAUAAGCAACCUCGUUCAGAAAUAUAAGUUGAAUCAUGAUGUGUUAGGUGAUAGGGUUAAAUCAUCAAGUUCCUCUACGUCUGGAUCACCUUCUGCUGCACCAUCGACUAGUAAAUCAUCCAAGAAAGAAAUUAAAGUGAAUUCACGCUCAACCUCGGAUACUUCUUCGAGAAAAGGUAAAAGUAAAGGCAAAUCGAAGAUCAAUCAACCUAUCACUAUCAUCGAUGGGGAGGAAACAGAAUGUACACAGUUACAACAACAACCAUCCCUACCAUUGUUACCUGAUUUGGCACUUGUACCUCUACCCGUACCGGAUUGGUUGGGUCGGACAGCUAUACUGUUACCUUUGGAUAGUUGCGUGGUAUGUAAAAUUAGGUUCAAGAAGACUGACUCGGGAGCUGCCAAGUGGAGACACAUAUCAACCUGUCGUCCACCACUUUAUCGACCACCAAACCCACCACCUGAUCUCAAAAACCUAAUCAACGAAGGGUUAUUGCAUGGUCAAUCGAAAUCUACUAAACCUACCUCCCUGCUUGAUCUUCACGUUCGUCGAUCAAACUCGUUGGAAGAUGUUUCUUCGCCAAAUAAUAAAGGAAAGAAAAAGUCGAUUUUGGGGUUGAAGAGUUUUACAAGUGUUAAAGCUACGCAUGAGAGGUUGGAAGAUGAUUGGGAGAAACAAGUUAGAAGUAGAUUAAAGGAAUUUAUAGGUGAUUCAAGUCCACCACCUGAACCUGAAUUCGAACUUGGAUCGAUAUCAAAAACACCUUCACCAAAAACUUCUCCAAGUAAAAGGAAAUUGAAAGGUACAGAACCUCGGAGCGAUACAGAGGAUGAGAUGGACCUGUACCUACCUUCCACACAAUCGUUAGGUGAAUCUUCUCUAGCUCAAAUGUAUGCCAAACAAUCACCUUCUGGUUCCCCUUCUGGUUCACCAUCGAAAUCACCUAUAACACCCGUUGAUUCCCCGGAACGUCAAUCUGAAGAUGAAGAGCACGCAGAAUUUGAUUUACCAUUACCACCUUCUUCUCAGAAACGUCAAUUUUCCCAAAGGGAAGAGUUUGAUCCCGAUGAAGAAGGAAACGAUUUCUCGUGUAUGGAUGAAAAUCCAGAAGAGAAAGGAGAAGGAGGAGUGGGAGAUCGGACGAAGAAACCCUUUCGAGGAUGGGGAGAUCCGCGAGUCGAUGAGGAUCUCUCCCAUAACGAAAUCGACAAUGACGAACGACUCUUCGCUCUUGGAUGGGGAGGUGGGGGAACACCUAUUGGAAGAACAGGAGGAUGGACAGGUAGAUUUGCGUAA